AUGGCGGCUGUUCCAGCUAGUAUAGCCAAGCUGCCUCUCAGCGAACUGCAGAAGCUCACUGUCGAGUGCCUGAAGAAGCUCAAGGUCCGCGACAAGAAGAUCGAAGAGCUCACGGCGGCAUGCGAGCAGGCCAAGCAGCAGGCGCCCGGCGGCGGCACGGCCCAGCUGGAGGCUACAGUGGCGGCGCUGCAGCAGAAGCUGCUGGCGGCAGAGGAGAGCUACAACCAGCGGCUGGCUGCGGAGACGGAGCUGCUGAAUGAUCAGGUGGCGGGGCUGGGGCGGCGCGCGGAGGAAGCCGAGGCGGCGGCCGCGGCCGAGCGCGACACAACCGCAGACCUCCAAGACCAGCUUGGACGGCGGGAGCACCUGGUGGCACAGCUGCAGCAGCAGCUGGAGGAGCAGCAGGUGGUCGCCGGGCAGCUGCAGGAGCAGCUGGGAGCAGCAGCCGCUGCCUCGGUGCAGGCGGGCGCCGCUGAAGAGGCGCAGGCGGCGGCCGAGGCUCUGCGCCAGCAGCUGGCCGAGGCGCAGCAGCAGGCUGAGGAGCGUGGGGCGGCGGCGCACGCCGCGACCGAGGAGGCACAGUCGCUCAAGCAGCAGGCCGCCAGCCUGCGGGAGGCCGCCAAGCAGCAGGCAGCCGCCGUGACGGCAGCAGAGGCGCGCUCUUGCGAGCUGCAGGCGCGGGUGGCAAGCCUGCAGGGCCAGCUGGAGGCAGCCACUACCAGCAGCAGCGCAGCGGCGAGCGGGCUGGAGCAGCGCGUGGCAGCCCUGCAGCAGGAACUGGAGGCGGCAGCGGCGGGCAAGGCAGCUGCUGUGCAGUCGGCCGAAGCCAAGGCGUCAGGGCUGGAGGAUCAGGUGGCCCGCCUGCAGCAGGAGGCAGCCACGACGGCGGCGGCGGCGGCGGCGGGUGCCAGCAGCGCCGCAGAGGCGCAGCAGCAGGCUGCAGAGGCAGCAAGCCUCCGGCAGCAGGUGGCUGUACUGGCAGGCGAGCGUGAUGGCCUGGCCAGCCAGCUGGCCGCCGCUGAAGCAGAGCGCUCUGACAAGGCGGCUGCGCUGGAGGAGCUCAGCAGCAAGCUCGGAGAGCUGGAGAAGGCGCUGCAGGCUCAGCAGGAGGAGCACGAGGCUCUGGAGAAGCAGAUGACGAUGGAACUCACCCUGGCUGAGAAGCAGGCCCAGCAGACGCAGCAGGCGUUGGAGGAAGCGCAGCAGGCGCACGCGGCGGCGCUGGCAGAGGCUCGCGAGGCUGCCGCCGCUGCGGCCGCGGCUGGCGGGGAGCCUGCUGCGGCCGUGCCGGACGGGGCCGUGGCGGGGCUGGAGGCUAGGGUGCGUGAGUUGCAGGCCGAGAAUGCGCAGCUGGUGGAGACCGAGCGCCAGACGGCGGCGGAGCUGAGCCGGCGCCUGAACGACAUUGCCGCCAAGGGCCAGCAGGCCGCCGACACGCAGGCGCGUGUGUCGGAGCUUGAGGAGGCCUUGGGAGGGCGGGAUGAGGAGAUCUCUGCUCUGGAGGCCGAGCUUGCGGCUUUGAAGAGCAGCGGCGGCGGCGGCAGCAAGAAGGAUGAGGAAGCGGAGGAGCAGGGCAGCGAGGGGCUGGCUGACAGCCAGCAGCAGCAGCUGGCAGAGCUGCAAGCCCGCCUGGCACAGGCGGAGGAGGCGUUGGCUGCUGCCGAGGCAAAGGCUGCGGCGUCUGCAGCAGAUGGCGCAGCGGCAGCCGUCUCUGCUGCUGAAGUCUCAGAGCUGCAGGCUGCCCUGGCCGUCGCCCAAGAGGCAGCCGCUGCUGUCGAGCCGCUGCGGCAGCAGCUGGAGGCAGCGCAGCGGGAGCUUGCGGAGGCAAAGCUGCAGGCCGAGGCUGCGCGGUCAGAGGCUGCUGGUAUGGAGGCGCAGGUUGCCGAGCUGAAAGCGCAGGUGGAGGCCUCUGCCGGCAGCAGCAGUCAGCGGGUGGCCGAGCUAGAGAGCCGCGUGCAACAGGCCGAGCAGCAGGCCGCCGCCCUGCAGCAGCAGCUGGCGGAUGCGCAGCAGCACGCCCAGCGUGCGGCGGAGCUGGAGCAGCAGGCCGCGGCGGCAGAGGCUGCGGCGGCUUCGCUGCGGGAGCAGCUGGCGGCGGCGCAGGCGGGCGGCAAGGAGUCGGCGGCGCUUCGGGAGCAGGUGGCAGAGGCGCGGUGGGAGGCGGCGCAGGCCGAGGCGCUGCACCAGCGAGUGGCCAGCCUGCAGGCUGAGCUGGCAGCGAUGAAGCUUCGGUCCGAGGAGCUGGCGGCGGCGCUGGCGGCUGCAGAGCAGCAGGUGGCUGCCGCCGCCGCCGCUGCGCACGAGGCGCCCUCCCUGCAGGCCUCGGAGAGCUUCGUCUCUGAGGUGGGCACCCCACGCGGCCCGCGCCCCGACAGCGGCGGCAGCGAGCCCGGUGGCGGCGCUGACGUGGCGGCGCUGCAAGCGGAGGUUGCCCGCCUGACCAAAGAGCUGAAUGAGACCAAGCGCAAGUUUGUGCUGGUGGCAAAGAAGAAGCAGCAGGAGCACGCCACCAAGGCAAGGCAGCUUGAGGAGCGGCUGGCCGGGGUGGAGGCGGCGCGGGCGGCGCUGGAGCAGCAGCUUGCGGUGUCCAAGAGCCAGCUGGCCGACACACGCGCUCUAAUGGACUCCACUCAGAGCUCUGUGCACAGCCAGCUGGCGCAGUGGAAGUCGCUGGCGGAUGAGAAGGAGGCCCGCCUGGUGCAGCAGGCCGCCGAGGUGCACCGGCUGGAGAGCGAGCUCCGGCUGCAGCACACCAAGCACGACGCCGCGCUGGCGGACCUGAAGAUGCGGCACCAGCAGGAGCGGGAGGCACUGCAGGCGCAGCUGGAGAGCAAGGAGCGGGAGGUGGAGGCGGCGCAGGAGGGUGCAGAGGCGGCGCAGCGGGCGGUGGAGGAGCGGGACCGCGAGCUGGCGGGAAAGAUGGAUGCCUCAGCCGACAAGGUGGCCAAGGAUUUGGAGGCCGCGCGGGCCGAGGUGGCCCAGAUCCGGCAGCAGCAGGAGGCGGAGCGUGGGCGGGUGAAGAAGGCGAUCGCCGAGAUGAAGCGCAAGAUUGAUGGGUUGCAGAAGGAGAAGCAGCAGGCGGAGCUGGCGGCGGCCGAGAGCCGCGGCAAGGCGGCGGCAGAGGUGGAGGCGCUUCACCAGGAGGCGGCUGCCGCAGAGCAGCGGGUGCAGGCGGCCAAGGAGGACUGCCGGCGGGUGGAGAAUGAACUGCGUGACUACAAGGCGCGGGCACAUGCCCUGCUCAAGUCCAAAGAGAUGGAGCUCAAGGCGGCGAGGGAUAUCGUCAGGGAGGAGCUGCAGCAUGCACAGACCGAGGCCGAGGCGCGCGCCGCGGCCGCAGAGCAGCAGCAGCGCACGGCGGCCAAGCAGCUGGCAGAGGCGCAGGCCAGCAUGGCGGCGCAGGCGGCGGCCAUGACCGGAAAGUAUGAGCCGCAGCUGGCGGAGCUGCGCCAGGUGGCUGACCAGGCGACGGAAGGGGCUGAAGCCGCCAAGCGGGCGUACGAGCAGCUGAAGCUGCGGUACGAGUCGCUGGAGCUUCGCGCGCAGCAGGCGCAGCAGCAGCUGGCGGCGGCCACGGCCCGCGCCGGCGAGGCCGAGGCCCUGACCCAGCGCCUGGAGCGCCUGGCCGCGGAGCACGCCGCGCUGCGCGCCAGCGCCGAGGCCGCCAGCGGCAGCCGCGACGGCGAGCUGGCUGCGCUGCGGGCCACCGCCGCCAGCCUGCGCGAUGAGCUGGCAGACCUGCGGUCUGUGAACGACGUGCUGCGUGAGCAGCUGGCUCGCCCGGGGCCCAGCUCCUCCAGCCUCGCGCCCCAGCCCAGCGCCGACGGCCUGGAGCGCUCUGCGUCGGGCGCCUCGGCCGGCAGCAUGCAGCUGGCAGGCAGGCAGCGCACCGCCAGCGAGGCGCUGGGGGACAUGGCGCCGCUGUCGCCCGAUGCAGCCAGCGCGCAGCUGUCUGCGCUGGCGCAGAAGGAGCGGGAGCUGGGCGCGGCGCGGCAGCGUGCCGCGGUGCUGGAGGCGGAGGUGGCCGACCUGGAGCGGGAGUGCGCUCUGCGGCAGACGCAGGAGGCAGCGCUGAAGGAGGCUGUGCGGGAGCUGGAGCGGGAGAUGGAGCGGCAGCGCCUGCCCGGAAAGCAGGUGGAUAUGGAGUACUUCAAAAACGUAAUGCUGAAGCUGUACGAGACGGGAGAGGCGGAGUCUCUUCUGCCUGUGGUGGCCCAGGUGCUGCAGUUCAGCCCGGCGGAGUUGACGCGCUGCCGAGACGCGCUGCAUACGCGCACCGAGCAGCUGGCGGCCGCCGCCGCAGAUGGCGAUGCUGGAGACGUGCUAGACCCCAAGGAGAGAGGCAAGGGCCGCCUGAUAGUCAACCCCAAGGGCGUCGCUUUCGGCAGGCAGUACCGGCUGGGACGCCAGGGGGCGUGGUGGGAGGUGCCUCUCGAUGUCAAGCUGGGAGUGGGCGGCGUGGCGGUGCACUUCCCCCUGAGAGUGGGCGGCCAUGACGCCUGGCUGCAGGAGCGGGUGGAGGUUGAGGCCAGCUUGAGGCGCAGAGGGGGAGGCUUGCAGCUGGCUGUCCACCAGCUCAACGGCGUGCUGCGCCUGCAGCAGGACUAG